CCUACCCCGGUGCCCAAUUAGUGACUCUGGCCCUGUCCCUUUAAGGCUCCAGCGCCGGGCCAGCCGGGGAAGCUUUGGCUAGAACUGAACUCUCCGAAUCAGCAGUGACUCGCUUGCGGGGAGCGGGGGGAGCCCCGGAGCUGGGAGCCGGGCGCGCCGGGCCCCGCGCCGCCCUCGCUCCUAGGCCCACGCCGGGGGGACUCGGGGAAGUGUGAGAGGUGGCAGCAGCUGGAGUGGGGCGGAGGCUGGGAGCCCGGGAGCGGAGUCUCCUAGGGGGGACCCGGCCCCAUGGCCCGGGGGGGCUGCUGAGCCCCUGCCCGGCGGAGGACGCGGAGCCAGGAGCCCGGGGGCGGGCGGGCGCACCCGUCUUUUGGGGCCAUGACCUCCGCCAAGGAAGGGAAGGCGGCGGGCCCCCUCUUGUACCCCUCGGGCCAGGAGAGGCGGAGGAGCCCGCUGGACCAGCUGCCGCCCCCGGCCAACUCCAACAAGCCGCUGACCCCCUUCAGCAUCGAGGACAUCCUGAGCAAGCCGUCGGUGCGGAAAGCGCCCUGCGCCCCCCAGCCCCGGCUGCUGGACAAAGCGGCCGGCUCCGGAGCGCCCCGGAACGGCGUGCCCGCCCCGUCCUCCCCGCUCUGCGCCCUGGAGGAGCUGGCCAGCAAAACUUUCCAGGGGCUGGAGGUGAACGUGCUGCAGGCUGCGGAAGGUCGCGACCCGCUGGGCGCCUUCGGGCCGCGGCCGGCCUCCAAGAAGCGGCGGAAGUCGCGCACGGCCUUCACCAGCCACCAGCUCCACGAGCUGGAGAGGCGCUUCCUCUACCAGAAGUACCUGGCGCCGGCCGACCGCGACCACCUGGCGCAGCAGCUGGGGCUGGGCAACGCGCAGGUAAUCACCUGGUUCCAGAACCGCCGCGCCAAGCUCAAGCGGGACCUGGAGGAGAUGAAGGCCGACGUGGAGUCGCUCAAGAAGCUGCCGCCGGCCGCCCUGGAGAGCCUGGCGGGCAUGGCCGAGCUCGGCGAGCCCCCGGGCCCCGAGCCCUGCUCUGAGGAGGAGAUCGAGGUGGACGACUAGGGGCAGAGGCCGAGGGCCCGCGGCGGGGACCCCCCAGGCAGCCGGUUUGGGGGGCCGGGCCGGGCCCCCUGCCUGCGCCCCUCUGUACUGAGAGCCUGGGACUUACCAAAUACACCUCACUGAGGGGGGAGCCUCCUGUGCCUACCUCCCCCCCCCAGGGCGCGGGAACC